AAUGCCUUAGUACCUUUUCAUAGAAUGAGGAGAACACUUCAAGUGCUAUUGCUGUGCUUAGCAUUAGCCAAUGGACAACAGCGGAGAUCCUGCAAUUUAUCUUCUUGCAACGGAAAACCCCACACUCUGUGUACCUACCCCUUAACUGGACCAGCCACUUCAUGCGGUCAACUCGGUGCCAGAGGUUUGAAUCAGAACGAGAAAAAAGCUAUUCUCGAUAGACAUAAUUAUUGGAGAGGUUUGGUAGCAAGUGGACAGGAAAGGAGAGGAUCUCCUGGACCUCAACCCGCUGCGAGAAACCUUGGAUCCCUGAGAUGGAACAAUGAAAUAGCAGAGAUCGCCCAGAGAUGGGCUGAUCAAUGCGAUUACAGGCAUGAUGAGUGCCGUAAUACAGCCAACAACAUGCACGUGGGACAGAACAUAGCGUACAUCGGCUGGUCUGAUGGCUGGCAUGCUGACAGCUUGCUCAACAUGGUUGACAAUUGGUACAACGAAGUAAAAGAUUUCAACAGAAAUAUGGUCAAGUCUCUUCAUCUUCCGCCAGAGCCACCGAAACUAGGUCAUUACACCCAGAUGGUCUGGGCUAAGACCACAAUGGUAGGUUGUGGUGCAUCAAGAUACAAGAAGAAGGGUGAAUUCUACAAGACAUACCUUGUCUGCAAUUACGCACCAGGAGGAAACUACGAUGGACAACCCACGAUGGCCAGAAUAUUAACGCAAGUGUUACUUCUGUGUGUUUUGGUCAAUUCUCAGCAGCAGAGGUACUGCAAUUUGUCAUCAUGCAGAGGAGUGCCUCACACAUUAUGCCUCUAUCCCACGAGGUCUAUGGCAUCUUCGUGCCGUCAAUUGAGCCGCAGAGGUUUAACUCGGAGCGAGGAAAUGGCAAUUCUCGACAAACAUAAUAGGUACAGAGCUUUUGUGGCCAGUGGCCAGGAAAGAAGAGGCAAUCCUGGACCUCAACCUGCUGCAAGAAACCUCCGUCCUCUGAAAUGGAGCAAGGAAAUUGCGGAGAUUGCACAGAGGUGGGCGAAUCAAUGCGAUUACGGACAUGACCGCUGUCGAAACACAGCUCGUAAUGUUUAUGUGGGGCAAAACAUCGCCUGGAUCGGUUGGACGGAUAGAUGGUCGAAUAAUAGUAUAUUCGAGAUGAUUGAUACUUGGUACAACGAAGUCGCACAAGUGAACAGGACUUUAGUAACAAAUUUCAACCUUCCCUCUGGCCCUUCAACCCCGAUUAUCGGUCACUACACCCAGAUGGUAUGGGCUAACACUCAUUUCCUCGGAUGUGGUGUAUCAAGAUACCGAAAAGAUUUGUACUACAUAACAUAUCUCGUCUGCAACUACGGUCCAGGAGGAAAUUAUGCUGGUCAACAGAUAUAUCAAAUUCGCUAACUUAUUUUACGACCUUGAGAAAAUAAAUUCAUAUUUUUCUCGGUCUUUGUAUGGAGUUCCAUAAGAGUGUCAACAGGUAUAAUAAAAUAAACAUCCUCGAGGAAA